GUGCAGCACCAUCGUUUGAUGUGCCUCGCCGCCGGCCAUGGCAUCCGCCGUCGCGAGCACCAUGCCGUCGCCGCCGGCCGCCGUGUCGUUCGGGUGGCUGGGCCCGCCGCGCGUGUCGUUCGGGCGCGACGGGGUGGCGGCGGGGCCGGAGCCCGUGGGGCUGUUGCCGUCGCCGUCGGCGGCGAUCGGUGUGGAGCCAGCUGUCUCGAAGGAGUUUAUUGACUUUGAGUUCAGCCUUGGGGGGUCGGCGACCAUGCUGCCGGCGGACGAGCUGUUCGCGGACGGGAAGUUGCUGCCGCUCCGGCCGCAUCCGGUGGCGCCGGAGACGGCGGGGUGGGAGCGGGAGCGGGAGCUGGAGGGGGAGGGUGUGGCGGCGGGGUCCAAGCCGAUGCCGGAGCUCGUGAAGACGGUGCGGCCUGCGGUGGCGGCCGAGGCGUUCGACCCGUACGUGUUCUCUCCCAAGGCGCCGACGUGCUCGAGCAGAUGGAGGGAGCUGCUCCGGCUCAAGAAGGUCCAAACGCCGCAGAAAUCGGCGGCGGGGUCGACGUCUCCAUCGCCGUCGCCCGCGGCUGCUACGGCGGCGACGCCGUCGAGAGCGUCGAACUCUUCGGCGGCCAGGUCGCUGAAGCUGCUACUUCUCCAGCGGAACGGCGGCCGCGCGUCUGGCGCCGCGGCGUCGGACCUCUCCGUGGCGCCGCUCCUCCGCGACAGCUCCGACUCCGAGGCGUCACUAUCCCUAGCGUCGUCCCGCUUCUCGCUCUCGUCGUCGUCCUCCUCCUCCGGCCACGAGCACGACGACUUCCCCCGCCACUCCCUCGACUCCGUCGACCCCACCCCACGGCCCCGCAUCCGCCUCGUCCGCUCUCAAGCACAGCCGCGCACGCCCACCACCGCGGCCGCCGCCGCCGCCGCCGCCGCCAUUGCUGCCGCCAAGUCUCGGGCGGCGGCCCAAAGCCCCGCCCGGCGCCGCCCCUCGCCACCGCCUCCGCCGCAGGUGGUCUCCGUCGACUCCCCACGCAUGAACUCCUCGGGCAAGAUCGUGUUCCAGGGCCUGGAACGCAGCUCCAGCUCGCCGGCGGGGAGCGCCCACUCGAGCCUCCGGUCGCGGUCACGCGUCAUGGACAGGUCCUACUCCGCCGGCGUCCGCGCCACGCCCGUCGUGCUCAACGUGCCCGUCUGCUCGCGGCCGGUGUUCGGGUUCUUCAAGGACAAGAAGGACGCGCCGGCAAAGGACUCGUCGGCAUCGCGGCCCCGAUCAUCCCUCGGCCGGAAGACGACCCCCCACGCCGCCACCGCCGGCGGCGCGUCCUGAGAUCUUUGGUGCUACCGCCACCACCAACUGACCUCGUUUUGACUAAGCUAGCUACCACCAUUAGCGUGUGACCUCAAUUAGCUAAGUAGUCGUAGCAUUUCCUUUCCAAAGAAAAGGAACCACAAAAAAAAUUCAGAGAAAUUUAGUUUGGAGUUUGGAGUUAUGAGAAGAAACUUGAAGAGAAAAACCAAUUCGAGAGGUUGAUGUUUUGUGAAGCUACCUAGCAAUCUCCAGCUGAUCUGAUCAGUUAUUUUUUCCCAAAUCAGUUGUAAAUUCACUCUACUAGCUAAUACCUCUGCUGCCAUUUGCAUUCCGUUUCUGCUAUUGUAAGCAAACCACAUUUGAUCUGAUCUGAGCUCGAAUGAAGAGAAAACAGAAAACUAUU